AUGGAUGCCUUGGAUCAGUUUCUUUGCGCUGAGUUCCGUAAAGGUCCACCUGGUACGCCGAUGGCUCAACGAACAGCUUUCGGUUGGACGCUGUUUGGCAGCGUGGACGGAAUCGAAACUGCUCCGUCUCAUCUGCAGUCGCUGAAUUGCGACGUACAGCUGUAUAGAGCGCUUACCCGAUUGUGGGAGCUGGAAGAAGUACCACAAAAGACCCAUAUCACUGAUGAAGAGCGUUAUUGUGAAGACUGUUUCGAAGCAACGCACCGCAGAGCAUCGGACGGUCGAUUUGUAGUGGAGCUGCCACUAAAAUCUGACGUUCCCUUGGGAGCUUCACGAAAUAAUGCUGUUCGAAACCUACUAAGGCUUAAGAGAAGACAUUAUCGAGAUGAAAACUUACGCCUGCGCUACAAUGAGGUUAUGAAGGAACUCAUCGAGAUGAAACAUAUGGAGCUUGCACCAGAAUCAUCAAACCAGACGUUUUAUAUGCCGCACCAUCCUGUAGUAAAGGAGUCCAGCCUCACGACUAAGCUGAGGGUUAUGUUCAAUGCAUCCGCUAAAUCCGCCACCGGAAACUCGUUAAACUACGCCUUAUUUGUAUGGCCCCAAUUGCAGCAAGAUUUGUUUUCGAUUUUAACGCGCUCCAGAAUGCAUCGUUACGCAGUAACCGCGGACAUCGCAAAAAUGUACCGCCAACUCUGCGUAUCGCCGAAACAUGUAGAUUUACAAUGA